GAGUUUAGGGCUCACCCUGCCCCAAAAUGUUAAAAAUUAUUUUUACAUGUAAUGGGGGGGAAAAUCCAAUUAACUCAAAGACUUUAGGAGGAAAAAAAAGAAAAAGGUCCAAGAACGUGAGUCUCAUGUUGUAGUUAAAAACAAAAAAAAACAAAAAAACAAAAAAAAAAAGAGCCCAUGUGAUCUGACAAGUGGGGGAGUGAGCCGGAGGCAGAGGAGGAGGACCAACUGCUCUGUGGUCAGGGUAGGAGAGAGAUCUCAGCUUGGGAAGGAGAACACGAACCCAUGGAGAUGCUCUGGGACCUUCCCCAGGGCUGGCCUGGCUGUUGGAAGGGACUCCUCCUCACAGUCUCCAUCCUCAGCUCUUGUCUUCGGCUGGCUUCUUCGGCCCAGCUCAGCAUAGUGUCCAUCCCUUCUCACGGGACGGCCGGGAGCAACGUCACCCUGUCUGUCCACGGGAUCCCGAAGGAGCCUCAGAAUUAUUCCUGGUUCCGGCAGAUGCCCAAAGAGUCCAACAAGAUCGUGAGCUACGCGGUCCGGUCGGGAGAGCAGACUCAGGGCCUCAACCACACCGGCCGGGAGAGCAUUUUCCCAAACGGUUCCUUAUUUAUUAUCAAUGUUACUUCCAGUGAUAACGGCGCUUACGUCGUGCAGGUCACCACGGAGGAUUCGAAGCCGGUGUCAGGGCAGGGACACCUGCAGAUCCACGAUUCUCCCAUGCUCUCCCACAUUGGCCUGGUUGCCAGUAUUGUCCUGGGAACGCUGGCUGGUGGGGUCGUCCUGGGCGUCCUGGGCUACUUCCUCUUUAAGCGGACUCGAGGGUCUUCACCAACCAUGAGAAGAGAUUCUGUCAGAAGAAGAAGGAGUCAUCCUAUAAAUCAGAAUCAUGGUGGAGAAGAUAUCGUGUAUGAAAAUCAUCAGUGGCAUCGAGGCAUGACCCUAACAGCCCAGGGAGAAGGCUUGUCAUCCAUCUCCUCUCGAGGGAUAUUGGAGGUCCCCGACCAGGCACUGGACAUCAACAAAAUGGAUGUUUAUGAUGAAGUCAUGAUCUGGCCAACACUCCAGGCCCCUGAGAGAGAAGGGAACCCCCGGAGAUGAUGAGGCUGUCCUCUUUUUCCAGGGACAUUCCACGGAGACAGCAAGCCCUCACCCUGUGGCAGAACAGUGAACCUGGGGAAAGCCUCAACCUGAUCUCCAAGGAGCACCUGCUCCCACUGUGGCAGUGAGAUCCUGCCACAGUCUUGGGCUUCAGAUUUAGAGGUCAUCGUCCAGGGGCAACAGGGACUUGGUAGAAUUAGGGCAUCAGAGAAGGGGAGAUCUGGUAGCUAUAGAACAUGGCAUGGCUGGACUGGGAGGAGCCUUAGAAAAGAGAAUGUGAAAGCUCCAUGGGAACUGGGAUGUUCUAGGUUCUAUAAUGUUCUAGAUUCAAAGGGCUGCCUACUCCCUCCCCAGCCCUGAUAGUCUCUAUCCUAAGUUUCCUGCCAGCUCUGGUAUUCUAGAAUCUAGGUUCCAAAUAGGAUGUGAUCAGUGUAGACUAUUAUUUCACCUUUUCUAGGCACUUUAUUUUUUAUUCAUUCAGCUGAGGAUGGCAUUAAUUUUAUUUCAUUCAAUAAUCAUUUUAAGUACCUACUAUGUGACAGACACAUGAUAGGUACUUAGGUAUUGGAGCUACAGAGACAAAAGAAAAGCAGGAGUCCCUGCCCUUAGGAAGCUUAUCUUUUCUUGGGUGAGUGGGAGGCACAUAAAGUGUACAUAUAUAAGUAAAAAUAAAAUACAGUAAAUACAAAGUAAUGGGGGUUGCGGAGGGAGAGGACCCAGGCUAACUGAAAUUGGGGGAGGGGGAAGUGAAUCAGGAAAUACCCCUUGAGCAGAGCCUGAAAAGGAGCUUGAGAUUCUGAGAGGCAGAGAUGAGGAGGGGUGAGGGUCAGCCCUUCAGGAUCCAGUGGGGGCAAAGACUUUGGUCCGUCAGUUCUUCUCCUGCCUGCCACAACUCACUCUGAUGGAAAGUUUCAUAUUGGCUGCCUGAACCCUCUAAAAGUCUUUUUUCAUAUGACUUGCUGUUAAUAUAAUGCUCUCCUACCUGU